UCACACACAGCAAAACCCUCUUCCCGCCAUAUACACUCUCUCCAUCUCUAAACCUUCGUUCGUACUCGAUCACUCCCAAACCUCAAAAUCAAAUCUUCGUCUCUAUUAGGGUUCGCAGAGAAAACCCUAAAUCCAAGCCUUAGCCAUGGCCGAUUCUAGGGUUUCCUCCCGCUCCAUUCCCAUCCUUCAUCGUCGUUCGAGCGCAGGCAUUAUCAAGAACGUCCGAAUGGAGAACUUCAUGUGCCAUAGCCAUCUCCAAAUCGAGCUCGGCGAGUGGGUCAAUUUCAUCACCGGUCAAAAUGGAAGUGGUAAGAGUGCAAUUUUGACUGCUUUAUGUGUUGCAUUUGGGUGCCGAGCGAAAGGAACCCAGAGAGCAUCCACCUUGAAGGAUUUUAUAAAAACUGGUUGCAGUUACGCUGUUGUUUGCGUGGAAAUAAAAAAUGAAGGUGAAGAUGCCUUUAAGCCAGAAAUAUAUGGCGAUACCAUAAUUUUAGAGCGCAGAAUAACUGAAUCUACCAGCACCACUGUUUUAAAGGAUCACCAAGGAAGAAAGGUUGCUAGUCGGAAAGAUGACCUUCGUGAGAUUGUUGAACAUUUUAAUAUUGAUGUUGAAAAUCCCUGUGUUAUAAUGAGUCAAGACAAAAGCAGAGAGUUUUUGCAUUCGGGGAAUGACAAAGACAAAUUUAAGUUUUUUUACAAGGCCUCACUUCUUCAGCAAGUGAGUGACCUUUUACAAAACAUUGAUGAACACUUGAAGUCUGCAAAUGCCCUUGUUCAUGAACUGGAGGAAUCAAUAAAACCUAUGCUAAAGGAGCUUGAUGAGCUGCAAGGAAAGAUUAAAAACAUGGAGCAUGUGGAAGAAAUCUCUCAACGGGUACAGCAGUUGAAGAAGAAGCUUGCUUGGUCAUGGGUAUAUGAUGUAGAUAAGCAACUCGAGGAACAAAGAACAAAGAUUGGGAGGCUGAAGGAUCGUAUACCUGCAUGCCAAGCUAAAAUUGAUUUGCAACUAAGUGUAGUUGAGGAGCUGAUGGAACGGAUAUCUAAGAAGAAAGCUCAAAUUGCAUGCAUGAUGGAAAAUACAUCAGAAGUGAGAAGAAUGAAGGAUGAAUUGCAGCAGACACUUUCCUUGGCAACAAAAGAGAAGCUUGAGCUAGAAGAAGAAUAUGGCCGCAAGGGUAACCAACUCCAGAAGAUGGUGAAGCAUGUUAGAUUACUUGAACAACAAAUUGAGGAUAUUCAUGAGCAGCAUGUUAAAAAUACACAGGCUGAGGAAUCUGAAAUAGAGGAAAAGUUGAAGGGACUUCAAUGUGAGGUUGACGCUACUGCUUCAAGUCUUGCAAGUUUGAAGGAAGAAGAGAGUGCCUUAUUAGAAAGCCUAAACGAGGGAUCAAGUGAAAUUCGAAGAAUUGCUGAUGAGAUUGAAGAUUUUGAACGGAAACGUCGUGAAAUCGAGCAUUCCAUCCGCGAGAUCAAUCAACAUCAAAUCAACAAGGUUACGGCUUUUGGUGGAGAUAAAGUUAUUAACCUAUUACGUGCAAUUGAGAGACAUCAAGACAGGUUCAAGAAGCCGCCUAUUGGUCCAAUUGGAGCCCAUUUGACUUUGGUUAAUGGUGAUACGUGGGCUUUUGCUGUUGAAAAUGCCAUUGGGAGGUUGCUUAAUACAUUCAUCGUUGCUAAUCAUAAAGAUGCUCUGGUUCUGAGAGGAUGUGCUAGGGAAGCAAGUUAUGGCCAUGUUCCAAUUGUCAUAUAUGACUUUGCAAGACCAAGGUUAGAUAUACGACCUCACAUGCUUCCUCAAACAAAUCACCCAACCACUCUCUCUGUUCUACACACAGAAAACCACAUUGUCUAUAAUGUGUUGGUCGAUAUGGGUGAUGCUGAGAGGCAAGUUCUUGUUAGAGAUUAUGACAUGGGAAAAGCAGUUGCUUUUGAGCAAAGGAUCCUGAAUUUGAAGGAGGUUCACACUUUAGAUGGAUAUAAAAUGUUUUCUCGUGGUUCAGUCCAGACGAUUCUUCCUCCUAAUAGGAAGUUUAGACGCGGCCGUCUUUGUAGUUCUUUUGAUGGUCAAAUUAACGAUCUUCAAAGGGAUGCAUCACACGUAAAUGAAGAAGCUCAACAGCGCAGGAGGAGAAAAAGAGAUGCAGAGGGAAGGCUUCAGGAUCUUCAGGAGGAUCUACAAAGUGUAAAGAGGCGGCGUCUGAAUGCAGAGCGUAACUUAAUGUCAAAGAAACUAGCACUGCAAGAUGUAAAGAAUGCAUAUGGUGCUGAAGCAAAUGCAUCUUCUGCAUCGAAUGUUGGCGAGCUUCAUCAAGAAAUCUCAAAAGUCCAUGAGGAGGUACAAGAGAGGAAGAUGUUGCUGGAAAAGCUACAAGACAGAAUGAAUGAAGCAGAAGCAAAGGCCAACAAGCUUAAAGUGUCAUUUGAGAAUCUAUGUGAGUCAGCAAAAGGGGAAAUUGAUGCAUUUGACAAAGCAGAAAAUGAUCUGAUAAAGCUUGAACAAGCACUGCAUGAUGAAGAAGCGAAAAAGGCCCACUAUGAAGUCAUAAUGAGUAACAAGGUCCUUUCUCUUAUUAAAGAGGCAGAGGGAUAUUAUCAAGAGCUUGAGAAAAACCGUUUGGAAAGUUGUAGAAAGGCUUCUAUUAUUUGUCCUGAGAGCGAAAUUGAAGCAUUAGGAGGUUGUGAGGGGAGCAACCCAGAGCAACUUAGUGCCCAACUAACUAGACUAAAUCAGAGACUUCAGCAUGAGAGCCAGCGAUAUUCUGAAUCGAUUGAUGACCUUAGGAUGUUGUAUGAGAAAAAAGAACGUAAGAUUUCGAAAAAAAAGAAAACUUACAAAGCAUUUCGAGAAAAAUUGCAUGCUUGUGAGACAGCAUUAGGAUUGCGCCGGGAUAAAUUUGAUCGGAAUGCAUCAUAUUUGAAGCGCCAAUUAACUUGGCAAUUUAAUCGCCAUUUGGGAAAAAAGGGGAUCAGUGGAAAUAUUAAACUUAGUUAUGAGGAAAAGACCCUCUCAGUUGAGGUUAAAAUGCCUCAAGAUGCUUCAAGCAGCACUGUUCGUGACACUAGAGGACUAUCAGGUGGCGAACGCUCUUUUUCAACAUUAUGCUUUGCAUUAGCUCUUCAUGAAUUGACAGAAGCCCCCUUUCGAGCGAUGGAUGAGUUUGAUGUGUUUAUGGAUGCUGUAAGUCGGAAAAUCAGCUUGGACACCCUUGUGGAUUUCGCAUUGGCACUGGGAUCACAGUGGAUACUUAUCACCCCUCAUGAUAUCAGCAUGGUAAAACAAGGGGAGAGGAUAAAGAAGCAGCAAAUGGCAGCUCCGCAUUCUUGAUCAUCUAUUUACAUGUUCAGGUAAAAGCUUCAGUAGAUGAUAAUGUUGCUUGUAGAUAAGUUAUGCGAUGAAUGUAGUGGAGACUUAAUGUUGUACAAUGGCAGGCCUUAGAAUUCUCUUAAUCUUGUAUGAAGUUAUUGUUCAUGGAAUACUAACCAUGUACCAAAA